CGACACCACGGCAAAGUGGCUGUCCGGAAGAAAUUGCAACAAAGCAAGAGACAGAAAGGAAAUACAACAAGUGUUGAUACUUUUGAUCUGACAUUGUUUUAAAAAUGAAGAUAUCAAUUCUCGUUCUCACUCUAGUAGUGAUUUACGGAACCUGCAGGAUCUAUGCUGAAGAAAGCACCGACUUGAAAAAAGAAGAACCAAAUGUCGGGAAUCACUUAUUGAACUUUCCAAAUACUCCUUUGGAAAAAUCUUUCUCAAGAAAUAAAAGAACCAUUUCAUUAUUACCGAAUGGCGUUAAAAUAAUGUUAAAAUUAGUAAAGCUUGUUAAUAAUUCUAUAAUCAAAGGUAUAUCAGAUGUCGCCGGCUUUGUGUUUGGCGCACUAACUGGACAAAGUGUGUGUUCUAAGGCAGAAAAAUUAUCUUUGGACUUAAUCGAUAAAAUAAUAUUGCAGCCAAUCCAAACGACCAAAACUAUAAUAUGCUACAUCCUCCACGAAAUUGGAAGUAAAAGCUUUGCAUUAAUAAACAAAUCACUUGAAGUUUUAAUCAAUGUUAGCUCGAAAUUCUUAAAAACACUUUUACCAAUAGUGCAUAAAGUACUCAAUAUUUUGUUAAAAACUGGCAUGUUACCCCCAAGCCUCGCAGGACUUGUUGUUGCGUUUAAUGUGCUUUACAAGUUUUUACAGAUAAUUGGAUAUAUUUCCUGAACCUGUGAUGUGUUUAAUCUUCCAUGUUCAAAAACAAGUUAAACAAUGCAAAGCUGGAAUGCAACAUUAAUAAAUAUGUAUUUAAUCUUUUACUUUAAAAGUUUACAUAUAAAGAAAAAAUAAGAUUAGUUGACGAAGUCUGUGAUGUUAAAAAUUAUUAUGCAAAAUUGUUACAGAUAAAACUGUGAAUUGUCUGAAUAGCUUAAAUAAUUUGAGUGAUACUUGUGCAAUUCACAUUUUGCCAUAUUACAUUACAAAUAGUAA